GUUCGUCCCCGUUUCCUCCCCGUUGCGUUUGUUUCGGGGUCUGGCUCCCUUCGCGAAGCACCGGCUCCGUCGUCCAUGGAGUUGGCUGUGCUCCGUCGUCCCCGAGGGAGGCGAUGGUGGAUCGUCUGCGUUCUAUUCUUGGCCUAUGCGACCGUACCGCCCUGCUGGACACGCGGAGGGAGCGACAUGGUGAGCUUGGACGACUUGCACUUCGACAUCUCCGUGGCGGUCGCCUGGAUGUUGAUUGGAGCGGUCGCCUUCAUGAUGGCGCUCUUCUAUUUGGUGAACAAUUCCGAUCCGGAGAUCAGGAUGUAUUCGUGGCAAGUCAUCAGCUCCACCAUCAACAUUUUCUGCGCAGUCCUGAUUUUCUCAGCCUCCAACCGAUUAGUGGAGCAUUAUGCUUUCGAGCACAUCUCGAAAGAGAUGCGCCAUCUUCACUCCUUUGCUAUAAUUGUGGAUUUUCUGCACAUGCUCGUUUGGAUGUUGAUGAUGGUGUUGGUCUUAUGGUUUGCUGCGGUGAGGAAGCAAAACGCUGGCGUUGGUAAUGGGGAUGGCGAUGAAAGCACACACCGGCAUGAGCUGGACGUGAAAAGUUGGGCCAUGCUCUUCGCGCACGUCGCCGGCUUCGCGGCCAUCAACUGCUUCGGGGAUCUCCAGCAGUUGUUCUUCUCGGGGAGCCCCAACCAGUCCGAGCUGGUGGUGCCCAUCUCUGCGACGUGUUUGAUCGUAUUGGCGUGGCUGGCAGAGCGUGCUGGCCAAUAUCUCUACAAGGCAGAUUUGAAGGAACACGACGCGUGGUACUUCGAGUUGUGGGAGGAGCAAACGCACGAUGCAGAAAAUGAUAUUGCCGCGCUUUGCUUAUCCUUCUUAACAUGCCAAUCCCUGCGCUACCACACUGGAGGACAUUUGCCCGAUCCGGAGGGCAAUGAACCUCCGGCGACCAGGGCGGAGGUCUUGUUGUUCUGCAGCUUGAUCUUCGCUGUGGCGGCCUCUCUCUCAGUACAGCUGAGCCAUCUGGAGCUGAAAACCUUGCGUCGGCGGCCGCAGCUGAAGCGGGUCUUGGCUAUCUUCAAGCUGAUUUGCUGCAUGUGUUGUGCCUGGUGUGGUUACUUCGGGGGCAAACGUCUCUUCUUCGCCUCCUCCGUUGGAAAUCAUGUGGUCGAGAUGAUUGCGCGUAUUGUCCUUGCCGUCAUCUUCUCCGUGGUGGCCUUUGGAAUGGUCUUGAUGAUGAACAUGGUCGUGGACCAACAAAAGAUGUCCGAAGCGAAGUCGGCUGCGGCGCUGCGGCCCAAAAUGUAUCGAAAGAAGAGCGAAUCCAGGUCAUCCUCCAGGUCACUCAGCUUUGCGGACAACGUGCAGCUCACCUGCCAGAAGUUGGAGCACAGCUUAGUCCUCCAGGGCUCAAAGACCCUGAUCAAGGCCAUGGCCAUUCUGGUCGGCUUCAGCUGGGAACAGGCCUUUGAUUGCUGCGUGGGCAAGACUUGCGAACGGCUGAAGAUCUUGCCGCCGCACAUUGCUGAGGUGGUGCUGGCAGCGCUUUUGGCAGGGAUGAUCCUACCAGCUUGGCGGAUCCAUAUCUUGCCGAACUGCGAGUUUAAGGAGGAGUGAACGGCAGCUCCGCCUAGCUCCGCUUAGCCCUCUUCGCUUCGCCGGGAGCGAACGAGCGGCCAAAACCGGUGUGGGGCCCGGCAGAGAUCCUUCUGGGGCGUUAGCAGUUUGGUUCUUUUGCGGAGUACUUGUGAAGUCAAACUUG